ACCACUAUUAUCUUAGAGACAAGGCCUCUGUAUCUCGGAUCUCAGUAUUCUACAGUUGAUACUUCAGUCCCUUUUUCAGUUGAGAAUCUCUCCGAUAAGAUUAGUUGGUUUGAAUAUGACAUUCUCUUCAUUCAUUACCAGAGCUUCAAAAGCACUACAUGGCUACCCCCUUGCUCCCAAGCUCCUCAUCCUGUGUACAAUCAGUAGUGGAAGCCUUGUGGCAUACUCAGAAUCACAGUCAGAUGUUGCCUCUCCUGGUGUUAAUGCUAAUCAAAUUGAGCCUGGGAAAAAGAGAGUUGUGGUUCUUGGCACAGGAUGGGCUGGUACUAGUUUCCUGAAAGAUUUGGAUGCUUCAUUGUAUGAUGUUCAGGUUGUUUCGCCUAGAAAUUAUUUUGCGUUUACGCCUUUAUUGCCUAGUGUCACAUGUGGGACAGUUGAAGCCCGAAGCAUUGUUGAGCCAGUUCGGAACAUUAUCAAGAAGAGAAAAGGAGAAGUAAGAUUUUAUGAGGCUGAAUGUGUCAAGAUUGAUGCUUCAAAUAAAAAAGUUAUCUGCCGGACGAAUUUUGAUGACAAGGCAAUAGGGAAUGAAGAGAUCUCUCUAGAGUAUGAUUACUUGGUCAUAGCUCUUGGAGCACAAGUAAAUACAUUUAAUACUCCUGGUGUCAAGGAGAAUUGCCAUUUUCUGAAGGAAAUAGAUGAUGCAUUGAAGAUCCGUCGUAGUGUGAUAGAUUGUUUUGAAAAGGCUUCCCUUCCUGAUUUGACUGACGAAGAGAGGAGAGCAAAUCUUCACUUUGUUAUUGUUGGAGGGGGUCCUACUGGUGUGGAAUUUGCUGCAGAGCUACAUGACUUUGUCGAAGAAGAUAUAGUCAAGUUAUAUCCUGGAGUUAAGGAUCUGUUGAAAAUCACAGUGAUCCAAUCAGGAGAUCAUAUAUUAAACAUGUUUGAUGAAAGAAUAAGUUCUUUUGCUGAGCUGAAAUUUGCAAGAGAUGGUAUUGAUGUUCAAACAGGAUGUCGGGUGACCAGUGUGUCUGAAAAGGAGAUUACAAUGAAGAGCAAGGCAAGUGGACAGGUCUACUCCAUACCCCAUGGAUUAGUUGUAUGGUCCACCGGUGUUGGGACUCGUCCAGUGGUCAAGGACUUCAUGGAGCAAAUUGGGCAGGCUAAUAGACGUAUUCUAGCAACUGAUGAGUGGUUGCAGGUGAAGGGGUGCAAGGGUGUUUAUGCCAUAGGUGACUGUGCUUCAAUUGAUCAACGUAAAAUCAUGGAAGAUAUAUCAGCCAUAUUUGAAGCAGCAGACAAGGACAAAUCUGGUUUGUUAACAGUUAGUGAAUUUCGAGAUGUAAUAGAUGACAUCCUCAUAAGGUAUCCUCAAGUGGAUCAUUAUCUAAGGAGCAAGAAUCUAGCAGAUGUAACAGAUCUGUUGAAAGAUUCAGAAGGUAAAGAAAGGAAGGAAGUGGACAUUGAAGGAUUUCAAUCAGCCCUUUCUCAAGUGGAUUCACAGAGGAAGAAUCUGCCUGCAACUGCACAGGUUGCUGCUCAACAGGGUUCAUAUCUUUCUAGAUGCUUCAAUCGCAGGGAGCACUGCGAAGCAAAUCCUGAAGGUCCUCGGCGUUUUAGAAGCUCUGGACACCAUCUGUUUUUCCCCUUCCAGUACAAGCAUUUUGGGCAAUUCGCUCCUUUGGGGGGAGAACAAACUGCAGCUGAACUACCUGGAGACUGGGUUUCCAUGGGUCACAGUACUCAGUGGCUAUGGUAUUCUAUAUAUGCAAGCAAGCAAGUAAGCUGGAGGACUAGGGUGCUGGUGGUAUCUGACUGGACAAGGAAAUUCAUCUUUGGGAGAGAUUCAAGCGGCAUUUGAACGAGUGAUUGUGUAUAUAUUGAUCAUUAUUGCCGUCUUUAUUCUAUUGAUACGAAUUCAGAAUAGUUCAUUGGUAGUUUCUUCUGUCGUGUGUUGUUAGGUCUACGAGUCUAUGGAUGGUCUUCAUAUACAUUAAUCCACGUAAAAUAAUCAAAGUUGGUAAUUUUACUUCAUAAA